AUGCACGGCACUCCGAAAGGUCUGGUGUUUGCACUUUAUUACCCCAUCCUUGCAGCAGUCGGUGUUCCAGCUAACUUGGCUGUGAUUGUGAUCCUCUCCCAAGGAAAGUGUGGUCUCUCGAGAUGUAUCACUUAUUACCUUGUGUCCAUGGCCGUGACAGAUCUCCUGGUUAUUAUCUCGGCUGUAAUAUUAAACCGGAUUGUUGGGAUUUAUUUCCCAUCUAGUUUCUUUUUCAUCACCCCAAUCUGUAGCUUUAGUUUUGUGUUAAUUUAUGGGAUUAGGGACUGCUCGGUCUGGGUAACUGUGGUAUUCACCUUUGACCGGUUUGUAGCUAUUUGUUACCAGAAGCUGAAAAAUAAAUACUGCACUGUGAAAACAGCAGCAGUGGUGAUAGGAACAGUUUGCGGCGUGAGUUCUGUCAAAAAUGCUUUCUGGUAUUUCAUAUAUGAGCCCAUGCAUACAGUGAAGAAUAUUCCAUGGUUCUGUACAAUCAAGUCGACAUUUUACACCUCACCUGCGUGGGCUGCCUUUGACUGGAUUCACCGCAUUUCAACUCCAUGUCUCCCAUUCGUUCUGAUUCUACUGUUCAACGCUCUGACCGUCCGACACAUCUUAACUACGAUAAGGACCCGCAGGAGACUCCAGGUCCGGAGUAACCUUGAGAAUCAGAAUGACCCAGAGACUGAGAGCCGGAGGCGAUCAAUCAUUUUGCUCUUCUUCAUCUCAGGCAGCCUUAUCCUCUUGUGGCUGUUGUUCCUUUUAACUUUCCUUUAUGUUCGAAUAGCAAAACUCAGUUAUUUCUCAGGUUCCAAUUACACAGAAUCCAAUUUUGUUCUGGAGGAGAGUGGAUUCAUGCUGCAGCUACUGAGCUCCUGCAUCAACCCAUUUAUUUAUGCUGGAACACAGAGCAAAUUCAGGGAUGAGUUAAGGAAUGGGAUGAAAUAUCCAAUAACACUAAGUUCUAAACUAUGUAACUUCUGCAAAUAG